UUACAAUCUCUCUCUCUGAGAUUCAGAUUUUCAGCUUUCCUAAUCUGGUGUUCAAUAUUCCCUUCCCAAAUUCGCAUUUUGAUUUUUUUCUUCCCCUUCGAGGUUCGAGCACGCAGUCUCACUGUAUCUGUUUCUCUCUCUUAAUCCUUCUCCUCGAGAUUUCAAUUCUCCGGAAUCUCCUCCGAGAAACCAAAUAAACAAAAAGAAAAAGAAAAAGGAAUUUCAAAUCUCAGUCUGCCAAAUCUCUUACACCUCUGUAACCCCAAAAUAAAAAAUCCCAUGUUUUGCCUUUGAGCUAAAGCUUGCGUUGAGAUCCGUUUACUGUGAAGCUUACAAUCUUAGCUCUUACAGGGUUUACUGUUGAGAUAUUCGAGCGUUUUCAGAAUGCAAAAUUAGUUUGUUAUGAUUGAAGAUGGUAUUCAAAUCGAAGAUAAAAUGGAUAGCUUUGUUAGUACUGAUACUGUCGACGGUAUCUCUUGUAGUUCACCUCUCUAUAACCAAGUUUUCGAGUUCCAAUUUGGUGUCUUAUGCUCCAAAGGACACGGGUCUCGAUUUCCCUCCUUUAUCAGAGACACCGAGUGUUAGAUAUGUUAGAAAUAAGAAGUUAUGGGGGGUUGUGAAGUCCUUAGAGUCAUUGCAGCCUUAUGCCAACCCAAGAAGCAGCUACCCAGUUCCACAUGAAAAGAACAAUGGUUAUAUUUAUGCAAAAAUUUUUGGUGGAUUUGAGAAGAUAAGAUCUUCGAUCUGUGAUCUUGUCACCAUAUCCAGGCUUCUAAAUGCUACUCUUGUCAUUCCAGAGAUUCAAGAAAGUAUUCGGUCAAAAGGCAUUAGUAGGAAAUUCAAGAGUUUUUCCUAUCUCUAUGACGAGGAACAGUUUAUUGCAUCACUUAAAAAGGAUGUAAUCAUUGUGAAGAGCCUACCUGAAAAUUUGAAGGCAGCUAGAAAAAGAAGUGAGUUCCCAACAUUUAAGCCCAAAAGUGCUGCUUCUCCAAAUUUUUAUAUCAAAGAAAUUCUGCCUAAGUUGAAGAAAUCUAAGGUUAUUGGAUUGGUGCUUGCUGAUGGGGGAUGCCUGCAGUCAAUUCUUCCACCUAGCAUGUAUGAGUUUCAGAGGCUUCGGUGCCGUGUUGCUUUUCAUGCUCUUCAAUUUCGGCAGGAAAUUCAGGUCCUUGGUCACCAGAUGGUUGAGAGGUUAAGAGCAUGGGGUCAACCUUUCGUUGCAUUUCAUCCUGGUUUAGUGAGAGACACAUUGGCGUAUCAUGGUUGUGCAGAACUUUUUCAGGAUGUUCACACUGAACUUGUACAGUAUCAAAGGGCACAGAUGAUCAAGCGAGGUAUUCUUAAGGAAGAACUUAGUGUGGAUUCACAUUUACGUAGAGAAAAUGGAUCUUGCCCUCUCAUGCCAGAAGAGGUUGGACUUCUUCUCCGAGCAAUUGGCUAUCCUCCCAAAACUACAAUUUACAUGGCAGGUUCUGAAACUUUUGGUGGUCAACGUGUUCUGAUCCCUCUUCGUGCAAUGUUUGCUAAUGUGGUAGAUCGCACUUCAGUGUGCAGCAAGCAAGAGUUGUUUGACUUGGUUGGUCCUGAGCCACCUCUUUCUGUAGAUUCCUUUAAACUUCCUCCUCUCAAAAGUGAGAAACAACUUAAGGAUGAGUGGCAGAGGGCAGGACCUCGGCCUCGCCCUCUUCCCCCACCUCCAGACCGGCCCAUAUACCGACAUGAAAAAGAAGGCUGGUAUGGUUGGAUCACUGAGACUAAAUCUGAACCAGACCCUUCCCCAAUGGAUUUAAGAAGGCAGGCACACAAGUUACUCUGGGAUGCUCUUGAUUACAUUGUCUCUGUGGAAGCAGACACAUUUUUUCCUGGUUUUAAUAAUGAUGGAAGUGGUUGGCCGGAUUUCUCAAGCUUGGUCAUGGGACAGCGGCUAUAUGAAAGUGCUGCUUCUAGAACAUAUCGACCAGAUAGGAAAGCCUUUGCAAAGUUAUUCAACAUUACCCGCAACGACAUGUAUCAUCCCAAGCAUAAUUGGACACUCGCAGUGAGGGAACUUCUCAACAAAAGCUUGGGUGAAGAUGGCCUAGUCAGGCAAUCCCUUUUGUCAAAACCCUCAUCUUUUCUAUCUCAUCCUCUUCCUGAAUGCUCUUGUAGAAUUUCAUCUGCUGAGUUUCAAACUCCACUAGAAGAUAUUGAUGGCCGAUACCUAUAUGGAGGUGAGGAUGAAUGCCCAGAAUGGAUGCAGCAUGGACAGGAAGCUCUUUCCUCCGAGUCAAUUGGGUUGGAAGGAGCUAAACAUGAUGAUAAUGAAUCUGAAUAUGAGAAUGAGACGGUUCAACAAGAAUCUGAUGACAGUGGCGGUAAGAGUAGUCUGACUCUAUCCAUUGAUCAGGAUGAUGAAUGGGACCCCAAUGACUAGAAACAUUCUUUGCAAAUGAUACGACUUAAUUGUGAAGUUGGUUUUUGCUUUUUGGCAAUAUCUUCUUCAAUCAGAAAUUGUGGGGAAGAGAUGGCAUUCGAAGAUCAUUUUCAAAUCAAAGCUCCAACUUCGAUUUUUUGAGGGAAAUAAAUUCAGAUUUAUUCUUUAUUAGUAGAUUGAGGACUCGUUCAGUUACAGAAAAAGCAAAAACAUUUGUAUACCUUCACACAACAGACUUUGUGAACACUACAGCAGCGAGAAUGAUCGAUGUGGUCCAGACCAGUUGAUUGCAGCCCAUAUUCAAAGGCAUCUUACAUCAUCGAAGAUGUUUCAUAGUGGGGAAGUUGCAAUGGAUGUUGUAUUGUGGCAGCUUGCAGUCAGUUCCACUUGAUCUUUUUGAGUACUGAUUUGUUCUGUUUCUUGCCAUGAAUGUAAAGUUGUUCUAAAGGAAAUCAAUUAAUCAUAUAGUUUUUCAUUAUAUUAUAUUAAUUGUAGUACUUUUCCAUCGUUGAUUGUUUUAUUCAGAUUUUUUCAUAUGCAAGAGUUGUAAUAUUGAUUUUGGCAAAUUCAAUUGGUUGAACAAAAUGCAGUUGGAAUAUGAUGAAAAAAAGAUGAGACCCACUUCAUCCGAGAUC